AUGCUAACACGGCCUAUAGAUUUAAUGAACGGAGAGGCGACGCACGGCGGGGGCGACAGCGGCGGGGCGACGACGCGCCUUCGCGCGGCGCCCGACGCGCCGGACGGCGAUGACGCGGGCGCGGGCGGCGGCGGGGCCGGGGGCGACAGGCGCGGGGGCGGCAGCGCGGCUACGGCUCUGGAGGACGCGGGCGGCGUAGUGGAGGACAUCGUGAACCCGGCGCUUGACGCGGGCGCACUACCACACAUGCUGGCGGAGGAAGACGACGCGGUGUCGACGAUGAUGAUGCCGUUCUCGCCGCUGUUGCCGCACCACCUACCGCUGAAUAGCAGCACGGCUGGCGCCGGCGACCACAUCGUGCGGCGCGGCACGCCGGUGGGCGUGUACGGCAGCGCGACGCCGGAGCUGGCGGGCGAGCACGGGUCGCAGCUACACAGUGGGCUGUUGUCGUACAACCUGCGGUCGUCCAAGUUGCUGACGCAGAAGCCGUCGCUGGUGGGCCGCGGGCCGAGCAAGGCCGGCAGUUCGCCGCCGCAGCUCGGCGGGAUGCCGAAGAAGAAGCUGGCGGCAGCCAAGACAAAGCCCGCGUUCGUGAACAAGCUGUGGUCGAUGGUGAACGACCCGGUAAACCAGUCCCUCAUACACUGGAGCCACGACGGCAAGUCGUUCAUCGUAACGCAGCGCGAGCAGUUCGUGCACGAAAUCCUGCCGAAAUACUUCAAGCAUUCGAACUUCGCGUCCUUUGUCCGCCAGCUGAACAUGUACGGCUGGCACAAGGUGCAAGACGUCAAGUCGGGCUCCAUCCAGAGCAACAGCGACGACCGGUGGGAGUUUGCCAACGAGAACUUCCUACGAGGCCGUGAAGACCUACUCGCAAACAUCAUCCGCCAGAAGUCCAGCGCCGGCUCGCGCGACGGCGCCGGGAUGAGCGUGGGCGCGGCGCACCCCAACGCGGUGCUCGUCGCCAACGGCGAGGAGGUAGACCUGGGCAUUCUCUUCUCCGAGCUCGAGACCGUCAAGUACAACCAGCUCGCCAUCGCCGAGGACCUCAAGCGCAUCUCCAAGGACAACGAGCUGCUGUGGAAGGAGAACAUGCUCGCGCGCGAGCGCCACCAGAACCAGCAGCAGGCGCUCGAAAAGAUCGUCAAGUUCCUCUCCUCGCUCUACGGCUCCAACACCACCCGCCUGCUGUCCGACCACGUCUUCCGCGAGCCCCAGCAGGCCGUCGCCGCGCCACAGGGCUACGGCGUCCACUCGACCGCCUCCAUGUCGCCGCUGCACAUGGCCGACCCUCUCGACGCCGCGCCCUCGCCCGACGUCACCGCCACGCCGGUCCACCGCCCGCGCCUGCUGCUUAAGCAGCGCGCGUCCCCGGCCUCCGACUGGCCCGCCCAGGUCCAGGAGCUGCGCACCUCCCAGGUGCCCUCCCCGGUCCUCCAGCCCCUGCCCGCCCGCAUACACGAGAUCCACCCCGAUGCGCAGCUCCCGGCUGACACUCCUGUCCUCUCCCCCGCCGUCGUCGACCAGGCCUCCUUUUUCAACGACCUGCAGGAUAACCUCGACAAGCAGGGCGAGUCCAUCCAGGAGAUCCAGGACUGGAUCGACAAGCUCUCGCCUGCGAGCCCCUUCUCACGCUUCGACCCCCGCGACUAUCUAGCCGCCCCCGGCUUUCCUGCCCCUCCGCCAGACGCCGCCGACCCUAUUUCGCCGCGUCCGGCUUACAAAAGGCCGUCCAACCACCGCGAAGAAACCCGCUCCGAGGACUAUUCCCCUGCCUCGAAGAAACAGAGGCAGCUGUCCGCCCGCGACCCCCCCACGUGA